GACAAGAUAUGGUCCAACUCAUUUGCUAUGCCCAAAGGCAGGUGGUCAGAUCGGCUGCGUAUGUCCAGAGAAUCAAAUUCCUGAACAUGCAGGUGGAUGGUGUCCAGGAGCGUCUGAACUCUUCAGGCAUCUCCUUGCAGUACGAAUCCUUCGAUCGUGUCAAGGCCGCUGAGCGCAACGACUGUGUCACUACCUCGGCAGCUCAUCGACAACUUCUGCUCUUUACCCUGGACGCGGAGAGGCAAACCACCUAUCCAGUGGUGGAUGAUACCAGGACUGCCAACGACGACGAGGAUGGCUGGGUGUGUGGUGGCACCACCAAAGCCUGGGAUCCGGAACUGCUUGAGGCCUUGCGGCCGCAGACGGCACCGGAGCUCCAAGGCGUUCCAUCUCGGCCUUUCACUCCACGGAGCCAGAUGACAAAGCCGCCCUCGCCGCCCAAACGAGAGACUCACGACGUGGAGGCCGUGGCCCGAACUUUCAACUUUGCUCGGCAGUGCGCCGCAAAGAAGUUGCCGAUGCCGAAUUUGGGCACCUUCACCCUGGGCGAUGAGUCGCGCCUGAAGCUGUCCAACUGGUCACUAGGUGAUGAUCCUUUGAUGGCCUUGGCUUCCAGCCCCCUGCGGGACAAUGUUGCAGUGGUGGAAGAGGGCAAUUUCGCAGGAAACAGGCUGACCAACAAAGGAGUUGAUGCCAUUGUCUCGAGUUUGGGCAGUGAUCUCACGACUUUGAACCUCUCGGCCUCUCGGGCAUCCAACAUUGGUAGCGGGGCUCUGGCUCAAUCCUCCCUGGAGGAUUGA